AUGAUUACAGAACAGACCUGGAGCAUGAUGCUGGACAGCGAUGUCGCGGGCAUCAAUGAGUUGAGUAUUUCCCCGAGGAAACAAUUAUGGAUCAAGGCUGUGAAGAAACUGACUUCCGAGAGGCUGGGCAGGGAAGGACUGGCGGCGUGGGAGGACCGGAAGUCUACCAACGAUCCGGAAGUCGCGGACGAGUCAGACUCCAGCGACCCGAACGAGGACGGGGAGAUUCCGACCGACCCGGACGUGGUUCUUGCCGAUCAGCCUGUUGAUACCGAAGCUCAGACGCAGAGAGAUGUUUUCAAGAAAGGAGUUCUCUAUAAGGGAAUAUUUUGUCCGUCGCUCUCGAACAGCUUCCACAGCAAGCAGCUCGAGACGUCUUACCUCCAUUACUCGAAUCGUCAACGGCAGAAGUCGUUGAUCAUGCUGAAUAUCGUCGAUCUGAGCUUAAAGAUUGUUCUAAUGGCGAUAUGGCUGUGGCAAAGGGACGGGGACAGCGGCGGUCUGAUCGAGGGCCUGUCCUGGGCGUCCUGUUGCAUGGCGGCGAACCUGGUGAUCUGCAUCCUCGGCUGGUGGCGGUGUUUCUCCAAUAAUUAUUUGUACUGGGCGUCCAUAUUCACAUGGUUACUGAUCAACUCGCAAGGUUUUAUAGGCGCCGGUCUAGACUUCGCUAGUCAGCAGCGUCUAAUGUGGUAUAUUUUGUUUGUCGUGUACGCACCGUACGCGAUGCUGCCGUUGCCAUUGAGGUGGUGCGUCCUCGCCGGUUAUGGGACAGCAUUGACCCACAUGGUCCUCGCAGGGAUCACAUUAUUACGAGACCCGACACACCUGCACGAUGUCGCGUGCAUAGUUCGAAUGCUAACGACCAACGUCCUUCUUUAUCUUGCAAUGAAUCUAGCUGGCAUGUACACUAAGUAUUUGACAGACAGAGGACAGAGGCAGGCGUUCUUGGAGACCCAUCGGUCCCUCGAGACCAGACAGAGGACCCAGAAUGAGAACAACCGACAGGAGAAGCUGCUGCUGUCCGUUCUGCCAGAUUUCGUGGCCAAAGAGAUGAUUCGCGAUAUCGCUCGCGAAACAGCUCGAGGCGGAACGAUCUCUUUCACGCCCAAUCAAUUUCACCGGAUAUACAUCCAUCGUUACGAAAACGUUAGCAUACUCUUCGCGGACAUCAAAGGAUUUACUGCGUUGGCUAGCCACUGCAGCCCCCAAGAGCUGGUCAAGGUGCUGAACGACCUGUUCGCCCGUUUCGAUAAAUUAUCCGCGGAGAAUCACUGUCUUCGCAUAAAGUUACUCGGGGAUUGUUACUACUGCGUGUCCGGGCUGCCGACAGCAAGGAGCGAUCAUGCUCAUUGUUGCGUCGAGAUGGGCUUGCACAUGAUCAAGGCGAUAAGGGAUGUCCGAUACACCACGCAGGUCGACCUGAACAUGAGAAUAGGGAUCCACAGCGGGUCCGUGUUGUGCGGUGUGCUGGGACUUCGGAAGUGGCAGUUCGAUGUCUGGUCUUACGACGUGACACUGGCCAAUCAUCUUGAGAGCGGAGGCAUUCCCGGGAGGGUGCACAUCUCAGAGGACACCCUGCAGUGUCUGAACGACGUGUACGAAGUGGAACCAGGGAACGGGACAGAGAGGGACAAUUAUUUAAAGGAGAGAAACGUGGUGACGUAUUUGAUCAAGCAGGUGGAGCCUCUGAAAUCGCGACGGAGACAGUCCUCGCGACCGAAGAUAUGGUCGGAAGAAGACGCUGGCAAGAGUAAAAAGAGUUUCAAGCUGAACAAUCCGCUGGCCGCGAAUAGCAACGCGCCAAACUCGUCGACAGAAGACGAUAUUGGUGUCGAUUGGACGCCGGAAAUUCCAUUCGAGAACUUGAAUACGGCGACGUCGGUUAGUAACCUGGAAUCGGAGUAUCUCGAGGAAGAAAAUGGCUCCGCGAAGGGUAAAGCCACGUCUCCAGCGGAUCGAUUGAGGGCAGCUGGUCUCGAAACCGCGAGCAACAAGCGGAUGAGAUCGGCGAACAUAAACGCUUGGACGUUGCGUUACAAUGACGAGAGCCUGGAAUCAAAGUUCUGCCAGUUGCGCGAGGGUAUGUUCAAAUCGAACAUGAUCUGUUGCUUCGUCGUGUGGGUGUUCAUCGCGAUCUGCCAGGCGGUUAUCUUACCCGACUGCAAAGUCCUCCUGCUCUCGUUACUGUUGACGACGCUGAUCCUUGUGGCGUCGUCCAUCUUGGUGAUGGCGGAGGAAGUCAAGAGCCUGCCGACGUGUCUGCAACACGCCUCGUCGAUGCUGGUCCACAACAAACAGCACCGAACGAUCUUCAUCUGCAUCGUAAUCAGCCUGAUGGCCCUGACGUCGAUCGUCGGCGUGCUGGCCUGUCCGACGUCGAUUCGACGAUUUCCAGAGGCUUUGGUUCUCGAGCAACAACAGUUGAUCACGCCGACAUUGAAGCCGGAACGUCUGGUGGCGACCACUGUGGGCCUCGAUCAGUUCAUACUGACGUUUCUAGAGGCGGCACUUCGGGAUGAGCCUUCUGCGGACCGGAAAAAUAUGGCCACGAAAAAUCGAACUGGGUUUCGCGAUUCUAGCGACUUGGAGAUGGAACUUACGGGGAUUGGCGACGGGACUGACCCGUUGAAUGGACGACGAAGGAAAGAAUUUUUCAGAUUUCAUGAGAAAUAUUAUAUAAUAUUUACGCUGUCUUGAGAAUAUUUGUUGUAUUUUUCAAACGUCCCUCGUCAUUUUGACGAAGACGUUGCCUCGAGGAAGAUACUAUCAGCGACAGAAGCUCGAACGGAAGCGUUGUACUCGUUGGACGAUGAAAUUGUUUCAGAGACAAUCUGCGUAAGACCGGAAUAUAUUGUCUUCACUUGGAUUUUGUGCUUAAUCGCGCUCGCCUCCGCCCUAAAAUUAUAUUAUUUAGUGAAGACAGCGCUGGCCACGAUCAUCGUGUCGGUCUACGCUGUGCUGAUCCUUGUCGUCUGCAAAGAUUUCUUCUCCAUCUCGGACAAAGAAAAGAAUCUAAUGUCCAUACCUCUGUCGGCUCAGAUGUUAACGUUUAUGUGCGUGUUCCUCGUGAUGGUCACGUAUCACGGCCGAUUAGUCGAAGUAACAUCCCGAUUGGACUUUCUGUGGAAGCAACAGGCCGAACGAGAACUCAGCGACAUGAUCGAAUCCCGACAUAAUAACAUGCAACUCCUGAAGAAUAUUUUACCGGAUCACGUGGCUCAUCAUUUUCUGACACAGGAUCGAGCACCCGAGGAAUUGUAUUCGCAAUCACGGGACAAGGUUGGCGUGAUGUUCGCCAGCGUUCCGAAUUUCACUGAAUUCUACUCGGAGGACGUGAAUAAAGGGAUGGAGUGUAUACGUUUGUUGAAUGAAAUUAUAGCCGAUUUCGACGAACUUCUCGACGAGAAUCGGUUCCACUGCAUCGAAAAGAUCAAGACGGUCGGAGCGACAUACAUGGCGGCUUCUGGUCUCAACCCUUGUCAAAACGACAAAACCACGGAUGAUAUGGAGCACCUGUGCCGAUUGGUGGACUACGCGGUUGCCAUGAGGCUUCGUCUAGAAGACGUUAACAUCCAUUCGUUCAAUAAUUUCGACUUGAGAGUGGGCAUCAGCUGUGGCCCACUUGUGGGCGGUGUGAUCGGGGCCAGAAAGCCUGUGUUCGAUAUUUGGGGCAAUACGGUCAACCUAGCCUCUCGUAUGGACUCUACCGGUGUUAUGGGAAAGAUUCAGGUUCCGCUGGAAAUCGCCAGGUUUUUGGAGUCGAGGGGAUAUCAAACGCAGAAGAGAGGGUUCAUCGAGGUGAAAGGGAAGGGGACAAUGGAGACUUAUUUCGUUCUUGGCAAGGGAAGCAUGCAGGAGCAGGGCACGACGAAACACAAGACAAGAUGUCGAAGCCUGGCGGCGGUCGUCUACGGUGUUGUACAGGCGCGCCGCAAGCAAAUGCGAGCUCUUCGAAGGACAUAAGUCUCGGAAUCGGUUUCCCUUUUCGAUCUGCUGGUGCCUAGAUCCUUGGACGAUUCAAACUUCGUUGAUACCUGCGGCA